UGCUGUGCAUGUUAUUAAGAACAGCGAUGCUGGGCACCUGGCAGGUUCAGCCGCACCGCGUAGACUAUGACAGAGUGGCUGAUUGAUUUUUCUUCACCCCUUUCCUAAUGAUUGGGCUAUCCCGUUCUCCCUCCCAACCUGUCCUCAAACAACCUCUCUCCUGUAUCAGGUGCCUUUGGCUGCCUCGCCAUUCGCUUGCUGUCAUGGUUGGUGGAAGAUUAGAGAACACGCUGCUGUUUAUUGCUACCUCGAGAUAUUGGCAGAAGUGGUACAGAUGCAUUUGGCUGGUACAGAGCUCCCCCACUCCCUUAGCCUAUCCCUUUCCAGGUCUCUCCAGUCUCUGCCGAGGACAGCUGUCCCUGCGUCACCACCAGAAGGUUGAUGUAAAUGUUGCUGUGAUAAGAGCAGUCAGCUGGCCUGCCCUGACAAGGGGGAGGAUGUUGCAUGUGGAAAGUUGAGGGUCUUGCAGUCUGUUCACCAGCAGAGCACACAGGCUCUGUCCUAGCCACAGCCCCCCCUGGACUGACCAGUCUUAACAUCAAGACCACCACUCCCAUCAAGAUGGCACCCAAGAAGAAAAACCCCAAGAAGACCAAAACAGAGAAAGGGGAGGCACCCAUUGCCCCCGUAGUGGUGGAGGACACGUCACUGGAUAUCGACCACCUGAACCACCUCAAUGAUCUGUAUGAAAAUGGCUCCAAUGGCUUCCGCUGCACUGCCACAGAGGUCACAAACCCAAGCCACGGUGCCAGCCUGCUGGAUGAGAUGACUCAAAUGCGCCAGGAGCGGUUCCUCUGUGACCUCACAAUCGUCACCAAAACCAAGGCCUUUGAUGUUCAUAAACUGGUCGUGGUGUCCUGCAGCGAGUAUUUCCGCAGCUUGCUGAAGAGAGAUCCCAGCCUGCAGCGGGUGGAACUCAACGACAUCUCCCCUCUGGGCUUGACCACCAUCCUCACGUAUGCCUACACCGGGAAGCUAAGCCUGUCCCUCUACACCAUUGGCAGCACCAUCUCCACUGCCAGCCACCUGCAGAUGCACACUCUGCUCAGCAUGUGCAGUGACUUCCUCAUCCAGGAGAUGAAUGUGGAGAACUGCAUGUACAUUGCCAACAUCUCGGCCACAUACAACCUCAACCAGGCGAAGGACGCCACCCAGAAAUUUAUCCGGGAGAACUUCCUGGAGUUCUCAGAGACCGAUCAAUUCAUAAAACUCACCUUCGAUCAGCUCAAUGAGCUGCUGAUGGAUGACGAGCUACAUAUCCCGAGUGAGGUCAUCGCCUUCCAGAUUGCUGUGAAAUGGCUUGAGUAUGACUCCAAACGAGUCCAGUAUGCUGCUGACCUCCUGGGCAACAUACGAUUUGGCACCAUAUCAGCUCCUGAUUUGGUCAACUGUGUCCAGCCUGUGCCACGUAUGAUGCAAGAUCCUGAGUGCCACAAGCUGCUAGUGGAUGCUAUGAAUUAUCAUUUGCUCCCUUAUCAGCAAAAUACCCUUCAGUCCAGAAGAACCAGGAUCCGUGGAGGCCAGAGAGUGUUGGUCACUGUUGGAGGCCGCCCGGCUUUGACUGAGAAAGCUCUUAGCAGAGAGAUUAGCUACAGGGACGCAGAAGGGAACUGGAACAAGCUGGCUGAGAUGCCAGCCAAAAGUUUCAACCAGUGCAUGGUUGUGAUGGACGGGUUCCUCUACGUGGCAGGAGGGGAAGACCAAAAUGAUGCUAGGAAUCAGGCCAAACAUGCCGUCAGCAGUCUGUGCAGGUACGAUCCCCGCUUCAACACUUGGCUGCACCUGGCCAGCAUGAUGCAAAAGAGGACACACUUCAGCCUCAGUGCCUACAACGGGCUCCUCUAUGCCAUCGGCGGGCGCAACACAGAUGGUGUCCUGGCCUCCAUUGAAUGCUACGUGCCUUCUACCAACAGCUGGCAUGGCCAGGCCGGCAUGGAGCUGCCUCGCUGCUGCCAUGCCAGCACGGUCAUCGACAACAAGAUCCUUGUCACUGGUGGCUAUAUCCACCAUGCCUAUUCCCGCACCGUGUGCAGCUAUGAGCCCAGCACUGAUGCCUGGAGAGACCAGGCUGGGCUGGGCACACCCAGGGGCUGGCACUGUGCUGCCACACUGGCUGACCAUGCCUAUGUGCUGGGGGGCAGCCAGCUGGGCACCCGUGGGGAGCGUGUGGACGUGAUCCCAGUGGAGUGCUACAGCCCCCACACGGGUCAGUGGAGCUACAUGGCACCGGUGCCCAUUGGGGUCAGCCCAGCAGGGGUGACCAUCCUUGAUGGGCGCAUCUACCUCGUGGGAGGCUGGAACGAGAGCGGGAAGAAGUACCAGAAGCGCGUGCAAUGCUAUCACCCGGACCAGGAUGAGUGGGCCGAUGAUGAGGACCUCCCUGAGGCCACUGUGGGUGUGUCCUGCUGCACCAUCACCCUCCCAUCCCUUCAGAGCAAGGGGUCCCGAGCCAGCUCUGUUGCUUCAGCAGCAGUCAGCAUCUAAUAGGGCAACUGGGGGGCUGGCACUUCCUGCCUGCAGCCCAGGACAGAGACUAGAGCUCAAGCCUUGCCUCAGAUUGUAGGGCAGCUGCGAUCAGGGUGCAUGAGGACAAGAACCAUCACAUGGGGGAUGGUGCAGUGGGGGCACAGGGUGGGGAUAGAUAUAGGGUCCCAGGAGCUGGGAAUGCCUGAAUUCUCAUCCCAGCUGAGAAAUUAACACCUUUUGUGGCCUUUGACAGGUCACUGAACCCUCAGGGAAAUGGGGAUGACCCAUGCCCAUGCCUUCAGAGGAGCAAGAAGGCAAGAGGAGCACUGAAGGAAAUCUCCCUGUGAUCAUCCCGUGGCUCCACUCUGUACUCAGUCCCACCCCCAGCUGCAAAGCUCUCCCAUCCCUGCUCCAGCUAAUGGGUGCUGGAUCCAAGUGAGGAUGUGUGGCCCAGGGGCUGGGACCUCAUUUUGCCACGUGGGUGACAAGGCUGUAGGCCCCCUUCCAGGGGAAACCCCCUCAAUGUGUGACCCUCAUGUCAUCAAGCCAUACAUAGGCCUGCAGAAUUGGAAUGACCCCCAAGGCCCAUGAUCUGUGAUAAAGGCACUGGUUGGGCAACUGGUUGAACAGUUACUCUCUCAGGCUAAGCCAUGCUUCCUUUCAGUGACAUGGGGCAGCUCCAGCCCGACUCCAGAGCCCGGUCACAAACCAGCCCAUGGCCCAACAAGCAAAUCAAACCCCUGGCUAGGCAGCGCACAGUGCCACAAUGGAGUCACCAAGCACAGGCCAGGGCUACCUAACUCUUUCCAUCCCCAGUCCAAUUUUUGUCUCCCCUCCAACCCACGGGAGCUGGCAGGGUCUGGGAGCAGGUCAGCAAAACUGACACAAGCACAUUCAGAUCCUGCUGCCAGGAUCAGAUAGAUAAAUAUCAGAGCAUGGCUCCAGCUGGGGCUGGCAGAGCUUCGAUACAGCUUUGACGUGAGCUGGAGCAUCAGGUUUCCCUGGAACAUGCGCUAGUGAUUUGCAGCCAGGCAGGUGCUCAGGUUAGAAUAGAGGUUUCCCCCAGUCCAGUUGUGUUUAAACCAGAUUUGCUCC